GGAGCGAAAACAGCCGAGGAAAGUCUUCUGUUUUGGAGAAAAGUUCCCAUCAACCCAUUGUCAUGGCGUCAUCUCCGCGGGUGGGCGUGUUUCGAGACUCCAUGCUGAUCCGUCCUAACAUCAUCAAGGCUCCUUUGGGAAAGCCCAUAUACCGAGGCUUCUCCAUCCCAGGACCAGCCUUCACCUUUGGAGUGAGCAACAGCGAGGACCAGGAACGAGUGGCCCAUGUACACUCUGCUUCUUCGCUGCCCCCGGUGGAUUUUGUCGCUCUAAACCGAAACGCAAUCAAGUCUGGUCUCAUCACGGCCAAAGAACUGAGGCAAUACCGAGCCCUGAGACCGCCCCGGGUCCAACCUAACACAGGACAGCAGGACAGGAGGCAGCCAAUCACAGGGCAGGGGAAACAGGGCUUGGUGCCAGACAUCACUUAUGGGAUCAUAAGCAGACAGGACACCCCACUGAACCUGCUCCUGGCUCAUGAGUACGGCCAGCGCUGGAUCAUAGAACAACUCGAGAGGAAGAAGACCGAGAACCGCAGACAGAGCACCACAUUGGUCAUUGCUGAUACCAGGAGCAGUCUGCUGCGGAAGACCCAGAUCCUCCCUCAGAACCAGACCCAGACCUUACCCAAGACCAGCCGAUACAGCCAGGUUGGUCCAGCCCUGGAGACUUUCAGACACCCCAAGUCUAGGACCCAAGCUAUGAAGGCCCAGGAGAGAGAGGCCCCCUCCAGGAGAGCAUGGGGUCAGGGGGUCUACAACCUGGACUGAAUCUGGACUAAAUAGGGAUCAAGAAUAAAGUGCUGUGCAGAGAACUGUGUGUGGACCAAAUGUUUAGCUCUAAAUUACUAGUGAAGGUGCAUGGAGUUUGAAAACACUUUCUGUAUUACCAAUUGACAUCACAAGGUGGAACAGUGCUUUUUUCUGUCUGAGAAAAGAACUCUAUGCAGUCUAAAUAUACAGGAUGUGUGAGUUAAACAUGUGUGAAUUAAGCUAAAUUAUAACAUAGCUUAGAAAAUACUGCAAUAUGGGCCCUUUAACCAUCAUCCAGUCCAAAAACAUCUGAAUUUGGGAUCCACAGCAGCAAAUUUUAACAU